AUGGUUGUUCCCGGACUUACAGACCUGUUGUUUCACAUGGAUACAGAGAAAGACCUGCUCUCUGGAACACAGAGUGAUGCUCAGAGUUGUCCUGGGGUCUGUCAGGGACACGCCUACGCCACCGUCCUGGGGUCUGUCAGGGACACGCCUACGCCACCGUCCUGGGGUCUGUCAGGGACACGCCUACGCCACCGUCCUGGGGUCUGUCAGGGACACGCCUACGCCACCGUCCUGGGAUCUGUCAGGGACACGCCUACGCCACCGUCCUGGGGUUUGUCAGGGACACGCCUACGCCACCGUCCUGGGGUCUGUCAGGGACACGCCUACGCCACCGUCCUGGGAUCUGUCAGGGACACGCCUAUGCCACCGUCCUGGGGUCUGUCAGGGACACGCCUACGCCACCGUCCUGGGAUCUGUCAGGGACACGCCUAUGCCACCGUCCUGGGGUUUGUCAGGGACACGCCUACGCCACCGUCCUGGGGUCUGUCAGGGACACGCCUACGCCACCAUCCUGGGGUCUGUCAGGGACACGCCUACGCCACCGUCCUGGGGUCUGUUAGGGACACACUAACCCCACUGUCCAGGGGUCUGUCAGAGACACACCUACCCCACUGUCCUGGAGUCUGUCAGGGACACACCUACCCCACCAUCCUGGGGUCUGUCAGGGACACACCAACCCCACUGUCCUGGGGUCUGUCAGAGACACACCUACCCCACUGUCCUGGAGUCUGUCAGGGACACACCAACCCCACUGUCCUGGGGUCUGUCAGGGACAUCCCUGCCCCACUGUCCAGGGGUCUGUCACAGACACACCUACCCCACUGUCCUGGGGUCUGUCAGGGACACACCUACCUCACCGUCCUGGGGUCUGUCAGGGACACACCAACUCCACUGUCCUGGGGUCUGUCAGGGACAUACCUGCCCCACUGUCCAAGGCUAACCCCUGUCAGACUCACAGUGAAGAAUGUUGGCGGGGACGGAGCAGGGACAGAGCGGGGACGGACAGGACAGUGCGGGGACGGAGCAGGGACAGAGCGGGGAUGGAGCAGGGACAGAGCGGAGACGGACAGGACAGUGCGGGGACGGAGCAGGGACAGAGCGGGGACGGACAGGACAGUGCGGGGACGGAGCAGGGACAGAGCUGGGACGGAGCGGGGACAGAGCAGGGACGGAGCGGGGACAGAGCGGGGAGGAACAGGACAGUGCGGGGACAGAGCGGGGACAGAGCUGGGACGGAGCGGGGACAGAGCGGGGACGGAGCAGGGACAGAGCGGGGACGGACAGGACAGUGCGGGGACGGAGCAGGGACAGAGCUGGGACGGAGCGGGGACAGAGCGGGGACGGAGCGGGGACAGAGCGGGGAGGAACAGGACAGUGCGGGGACGGAGCGGGGACGGACAGGACAGUGCGGGGACGGAGCAGGGACAGAGCGGGGAUGGAGCAGGGACAGAGUGGGGACGGACAGGACAGUGCGGGGACGGAGCAGGGACAGAGCGGGGACGGAGCGGGGACAGAGCGGGGACGGAGCGGGGACAGAGCGGGGAGGAACAGGACAGUGCGGGGAUGGAGCAGGGACAGAGCGGGGACGGACAGGACAGUGCGGGGACGGAGCGGGGACAGAGCGGGGAGGAACAGGACAGUGCGGGGACGGACAGGACAGAGCGGGGACAGAGCGGGGACAGAGCGGGCACGAAGUGGGAUGGAGCGGGCACGGAGUGGAAUGGAGUGGGGACGGAGUGGGAUGGAGCGGGCACGGAGCGGGGACGGAGUGGGAUGGAGCGGAAUGGAGUGGUGUGA